CGCGCGAAGUUUUUGCGUCGUUUGGACCGCGUUGUUUCGUGUAAAAAUGUCAAGAAAAGACAGUUUUAGCGUUGCGUUGAUGCCCUCACCUUUGCUGGCUUACGUGGAAUCAAGCAGCGACAGCUCGGAGAGUGACGACGACUUCAACCGUACUUGUGAGCACAAAUUUGCCCAGCUGUUCGACAUGCCUAACAGAAUACCGAAGGCCACAGGCUACGUGAAGAACGUUGUGCGGAUGUACUCCGAGAAAGAGUUUCGCAGGAACUUUCGGCUUCCUAGGAAAUCCUGCUACGCCUUAAUUGAGCGUUUCUCCCAGUGCAGCUUCUUCUCAUCGAACCAACGGCACGGUGGCUCACCAGGCAAAACGGCCGAGGAUCACAUGCUUUCCUUCCUUUGGUAUGCGGCCAACAAGGCUUCCAUGAGGGAGGUGUCUGUUCUUUUUGACACAGCUGAAUCAAUACAACUGGUUAUUAUAAAUAGGGUUCUCGACCUCAUGUGCAGCAUUGCACCUGAGGAGAUCUACUUUUCAAACAACAAGGAAGCUGUUGCAAGAGAAUUUGAAAAGGUUGCUGGAUUUCCCAACGUGCUUGGGUGUAUUGACGGAACAUACAUUCCAAUCAGGUGCCCGAACAACAAACUCAGAUCAACGUACACAAACAGAUAUGACCAAGUUUCAAUCACCAUGCAAGGCAUAUGCGACAGCAAUGGGAGAUUUGAAGACGUUUUUGCAGGCACCCCCAGCAAGAUCCCCGAUGCCAGAGUCCUUGGGCUGUCAACAGUGAACGAGGAUCUGCCAACAAUCUGCCAAAUCAACCAGUACCACAUUCUUGGAGAUGCUGCCUAUCCAAUACCAGAACACCUUCUUACACCAUACAAAGAUUUUGGUGCCAUGACAGAUGCGCAAAUUGUGUACAACUACCGUUACUCUUCGACGCGUUUCGUGAUCGAGAACGCAUUGGGCCGCCUCAAACAGAGGUUCCGCCAACUGCGGUACAUUGAAUUCCAAACUGUGGACAAGAUAACGCCAUUCAUCAUUGCUUGCUGUACACUGCACAAUAUUUGCCUUGACGUUGGGGAUUUAAAUGUUGACGAGAUCCUAACUGAUGACGACCUGUAG